ACUAUGUGUGAGCUGUCACGCGCAUCUUGCAAAAUUUGUGUUGUCACACCUCAAUUCUAAUGUUAACUUAGGUUAAUUAUAGUUUUUCGAAUAAAUAAUAACCCUAAUGCAAAAAUGAACAUGUAAACUUAUAUUUAAAAAGUAUGUUGUAUUGUCAUUAUGGCUGAAGAUGAGAAAUCGUGUCUCCUAAACGAACAUACUUUGAAAGACUGUGUUACAAAAACUUCAUCCAAAACCGAGAUAAACGAAGAAAAGGCAUAUGAUGUGGUUGCUAACUAUUCUGAGGAAGAUCUACGGGACUUCUUGGCAUGUGUCUCCACUGGCAACAAAGGCAACAAGGACACCACCAAGAAUGAAAAAAGCACCAUUGCUCAGAUUCUUUUAGAGAGAGAAACUGCUGUACUUCGAGAAGAGUCAGGAUCUGGAGAUGAUUCUCCAGACUCAAGCAAACAGAAUCAGUUCUCUCGCUCUAAACCUCGGCACUCUAGCACUCGUUUUCUGUAUAACCGCUAUGGAAGCCAAUCAUCUCAUCGCAUCCACAGCUCUUACUCCUUCGAUCUGAAUCACGGCAAAAGCUCCGCAGCUGCCCGCAACACUGCAGGGUCCCUGGGUUCUCUUCAUGAUCUCUCAAAUUGUGAUGCCCGUUCUUCUGCUCAGAGCAGCUCAGCCAAAAACACAUCAUCGCAUUGUAGUGCAGGGAGAGCUGGACAGGGUGCUGCUUCUAAGUGCUGUGUUGACCAGGGUGCAGGGCAGGAAGAGUGUGUUGGAGUGAACCGACCUCCACCUCUCAAAACCUACUCAAGAGUUCGAACAGGUGGGUCGUGUGGUAAUUUGUCACGCAGCUCAUUCGACACACAGCCUCCUGGCAGCAGGAAGAAGAACCGUCGCAGCAAGGGAAGUGAUCCCGCCAGCACCAGCACUAGGGAAGGGGGCUCACUACAGAACCUGAGCAAGGCUGAGUGCUCUAGAGAAGAUGUGCCGAAGGGUCUACAGAAGUCGGGCAGUUUAAGCCAAGUAUUCACUGAAGAAAACGAUCCUCCAAAACACAAGAGUCGGCGGCAAAAGGCCAGCAGUGAGACACAGCACCGCGCUUCAGAAGAACGCUCUUUGAGAGCUCAGGACUCCACCUCCUCAGAUGAUGAAGAUGAAGUGAGCUCGUAUCCACCAUACCAGCCCCUCUUGCCCCACCACUCGCCUCUACUCUCAAGACGAGAACUUGCUGCUUCUGGGGGAGUGGUCUCAUGUGAACACUCUGGCUGUCCUUCUCCUGCUUCUCCCAUCUCUUCUAAUGAUGAGCCAAUGAGUGUAGAGGUGGAAGAAAUGCGGCGGUGCGCAUACACCACGACGGCCGCUUCUGCUGCAGCUGACGCUGCUGCGGUCGAUGCAGCUGCAGCUGCUGCUUGUCUAGGCGCUGCGAUCUCAGCAGGAGCCCUGCAAGACCCUGGCGAGGAGCUAGUCGAGGUCAUCACACAUACGGCUCUCAGGGACACGACGCAUGCCUCGUGGCUAGAGAAGAGCGCCAGCCCCUCAGGUCGCCGUCGCAGCACCUCGCCCCACUCCACCGCUGUCGACAGCCAAGUUCCCUUCUUCAGCCGCACUACCAUCACGCCGUCGCGCAAUUCGGAUGGAAGGAGCAAGAACAGCUAUGGUCGUAGUCACUCCAUUGAGUCCAACGCUUAUUCCAAUAAAUCUGCAGAUGAAAGAGGAAGCGAGAGAGAGAAACUUCAAACACAACACAGCGAGCCAUCACAGUUGGGUCGACGCAAGGACAACUCCAUUGACUGUCCAUCGCCUUCAAGUCACAUCUACUCGACUAGCGGGUCCUCACACUGCACGUUCCCUGGUAGCAGCAGCGUCGGGGCAUCGCACAUAUCGCCUGUGGAACUCGGCAGAGAUCACAAUCAACGCUUUGCUAAUAGGCUUAAGCAGAGCCGAGUCAAGAAAAAGAGGCAGCAAGAAGUUCAGACAGUCGACACUUCGUCGCCCUCGUACAAGGGUGACCAAGACAUAGGAUCUAUCCUCGUAUACCUGGGAGAGGAAUGCUCUGACGUUACUUCAGGAGACCCAAAGAAGAAGAAAAGAAAACAGGACAAUUCAAUGAGUAAAAAAGAUGACAAGAAAGAUUCUACUAAAAGAGGAGUGGGAAGCGAGAGCCUUUCCAAGAAAAAUGAUGAUACUAAAGAUGACCACAAGAAAGAAGAUAGCGGAGGAGGAGGUACGAAUGACAAGAAAAAAAGGCAAAAAGAGGAGAAGAAGGUUAUUGCUUCAAAUAAUGAAGACAAUGAGGCAUCUUCGAAGAAAACAAAGAAGGAAUUGAUUGAAAAAGAACUGAAAAAGAAUGGAUUCAUUACUCCUUCCUCCAGCCUCGAUUGCAGCGUGGCAGCGAGUGAAAUAAGCAAUUAUGAACGCAAAAGCAGUUUAGAUGGGAGUUAUCUCGGCUGUGAUACUACUUCUAGCGUUAGGAGCAACUUAGAGUCCAGUAAAAACAUAAAUAGUAUAAGUGAUACCGAGUGCAAGACUAGUAUUAGGAAGCAUUCUGAGGAUAAAACAGUUAUUGAAUCUGUGCAUAAAAUAAAUAAUAAGAAAACUGAUGAACGUAAACAAAGCAAUAGCUCAUGCGUUAACCCCGAAGCCUCUAAUAGCAAGCGCUCAAAAAAGAAUAGCAAGAGCAACCAAGGGAUGCGAGAAUCCAGUAGUGUAGAGGAUUUGGUGUCCAAGUGUAGAAUGUCCGAGCAACUGAAUCAAGGCUCAAAGCAAACUACUGUUGAUGAUGGAGCAAUGACUAAGAAACGCCAGCAGAAGAACGCUAGAAGGCAGGCGACCGAAACCUCGCUUCCUUCUUCCAACUCUUCCACAGCUACCGCGACCUUCAAGGAAAACCAAAACACAAAAGAGAAGAAUCGGAGGACGGUUGAUGAUAUCAAAAUAAAGUCUUCGUCUGGUGCUAACAAGUCCGGAAGUGGUAGCUCAAGUUUAGCUAAUAGUAAGAAACUGUCCAAGCGUCUUUCUAGUAGCAAUUCGAAUCUGAAUUCAUCAACUAAGAGUAGUGAGUUCGGACGAGACUUCUAUGAAGCAGGUGACCCAUAUAUUGAAAGCUUGCCUCACAAUGAGGCUUCUGUGUAUGAUACCAAUAAUGAGUUUGAACUUGUGACAAGGCGCAAAAAUCGGAGUAAAAGACUAGCUUCAUCAAGUUACAACAACUCAAACAACUAUCCUGUUACUGUAAAGUUGCGUUACCCUGAUGAAAAUUUCGGGCGUGAUGGAUAUAGAGAAUUGGUUUAUCAGAAAAGCCAAUUGAGUCGUAAUCAAACGAAUACUCUCGCUCCAAAUAACCAGCAAAAAUUUUCUUCAAAUGCAUCUCACUCUUCAAACUAUUGUCAUGGCAACGACAGUCACGCAGCUGCUAAAGUAACUUCAAAUAUUGGGAAAAAACCUAUCAAUUUUGAUGAAGCUCCGCGGACACCUCACGAUGGUAGUUUCAUGGCGCGCCUGUCUGCUACAAACUCGGGCGACCGCAACACAGCUACUAGCGCUCCGAACAGUGACUGCUCUGACUCUGACGGCGACGAUUCUGUGCACUCAAUGCCAACUCCCUCCACCACGCCGCGUCCUGAGGUUUGCAAACCUCCAUCGUCUAGCAGUGCUGCGCCUCUUACUUCUUACGCCAACAUAGCAAGACUAGCAAGCGCUGCCAACAGGAACCAAGUAAAGAGACUGACCUCAGCUCCUCAAGUUGGAAAAACUCCUACCGUUAGUACUUCUACGCCUUGCUCUGUCGGCGCAAGUGGCGGUUACAGCGCUGCCGCUUGUGCGACCAGCGAUCAGUCUCUCCUCACUACGAACGCUUGGCCUUGUCUCAGUGCUACUACGGCAACUGUAGCGAACUCGGGAGCCGCUACCUCCGCCCCUGCAAUACCAUCUGUUGUGCGGUGGGCAUCUGGUCCUGCUGGCCGGCCCGGCGACUCACAACAUGUCACUCCAUCUUUUGGAUCGCCUCCUAAGCUCACUUCCGCUGCUGUUGCAGCUCACGAUGCAAAACCACAGAAUAAAAUUCGCGAUAACUUCCCUCCCUUGAAAAGCCCUUCGUAUCCCAGCUCGUUCAGCCAUCGCCAGACAUCAACAGACUCUGACCCUGGCUUGCCUUAUGCAAAUCCUGCUGAAAACUUGGGCAAGACGGAUGGGGGAAACGCAAAAAUAAUAUCUGCAUCUGAUGCACGUUUGACUGUUGCUCCUCGAACGUCUCUUACUCCCGAUACAGAGUCUAGUCUUUCAAUUUCUAAAAAUUUAAACCCCUCUCCAACUGAUCGUUCAAUUUCCAACAAGCCUCGUGCUGGGGCUCCUUCAUCGGUUGUAGAAAACACGACAGACAGGAAAGCAGUGACGAGCAAGGAAGUUCGUCCACACACUGGGCGGGUGAUGAAUGGCCAUGAAGAGACGGAUCAGGCUCAUGCUGAAAUCAUAAGUGUUGGUGAAAGAAAAGCGAGCCUUAUCACUUCUGAAAAACAAGCUGUCGCAAAACAAAAAUCUCUAAACCACGAUGCUGCCAAGUUAAUAACAUCUGUGAAUUCUACAAAAGCUUCUGCCGACUCGCUCGGUGUGGGUGACAAAAAUCAUAUUUUCAAAAUUGCAAACAAGGCAAAGGAUACAAAGAAAAGACAGAAUGACCCUGUUGUCUUUGCCGAUUCUUUGCACCUGGAUGAUGUACGUAACAGCAAUCUGACUUUCAUGUUUGCUUCCAAUGAAGAUUUGACUAACAUUGUUGUUUCAGGAACAAAUGUUUCCGCUAAGAAUCUUGUCAAUUCCACAGCAUCAUUAACAAGAACCAGUCCGAAAGUUAAGACUCAUAUUGAUAGUAAUGGCAACCCUGUUAGUGGAGCUGGAUCACCAAACUCUGGUGAUAUCAGUGAGAGCCAUGACAAUUCGGUGAGCUAUUCCGAAUCUCUAAGAUCCACCCUACGGAAGAACAGUCGCGAUAGCAGCUGUAGCAGCAAUUGCACCGUCAUCAACGCUGCAUCUGCCACGACCAAAACACGUGCUCAAUCAGCUGAGAUGAACAAUAGCUCAUCUAUUGCUGUAGUCUCUGCAGACGCGACUUUAGCUCCAGCUGCAUCUGCGGAUGUAAAUUCAGCCGGCUUAGAAGUAACUAAUGUGAAUGAAACGAAGGAAGAACGUGUAAUUUGUGACAACCCCUCCUCAUAUUCUGACCUCUCACGCUGGGGUGUUACUUUUCAUCCUCCUGAUGCCGACGAUCCUGCAUGGAACUUCAAGGAGGCUGUCAAAUUCAUCAGAGAUAAUUGGAAGAUAAUUGAAAAGGCUCUCCAGGAAGGUGACGACAGCAUCGUGACUUUGAAUCAUAACUCAAACAUUCCCAGUGGAGAAAUGUAAUCGGUGCGUGGCACGGAUGACUAUGUUUAGCUAUGAAUUGCUGUAGACGUUUACGGUGCAGUUGAUGAAUACGCAGUUCCCUUACUGACAACUGCUGGAGUCGUGUUGAGUGCACAACUCUUCUAAUGCUGACUCUUGAAGUAGCCGAGUCUACGUGAUAGCGAACUAAUUCAUGAAACUUGUUCAGUUUUAUUUCAUCUGUCGAUUGUUAAAGUCUCUUUGCAUGAUCAGCAUGAAAGUGAACAAUUUCUCACUUAACGGUGAAGGACGAUAAAUCUACAAGCACUUUAUUUCAAUGUGUGUAGGGUAACUUGAAUGCCCACAUACGGACUAUUUUCUGUAAUAUUAAGUCGUGGAUAAAUUUGUGUCAGAACUACGGAAACAAAAAGCGAGUGAACGCCUACUCACGGUGAAGCAGAAGACUCGAGUGCUUCUUCCUCGUAUGUGUUAAUGUACUCGUAACUUUAGUAGCCAAGCCGGCCAGGCUACUCGAGCUGAGCACAGUGGAGAGUUUAGAGACUUGCAAACACAUGCUGGUUAUGGUGCUUGGUUCAAUGUUUAUUCGUGAAGUCGAAAUUUCACCUGCGAUAUCAGCAUUGCCACUAACUUUGAAUUUCUAUGUGUAUGUUUGAAGUGGAGUUGACUGUUUAGUUAAUUCUACAACUGCUCAUUACAUUGUUUGAAAUGUAAUGCAAGAAUUGUCUCUCACGAUGUGUAUUUUUCCAUCAGGUUUGAGUCUGGUGUUAGAAAAUUUUGUAUUUGUAACGAACUUUAGUGACGAUCGUUACGCAUUGUUUUCAUUUGGAUGUAAAUCUUCUUAUAAGUAAGUAAUAGCAACAGGAGCCUACUGUAGUUCAAUCCAUUGCAGCGCAUGACGUGCCAUAUAUACCACACGCAACGUGAUGCAUCCUAGUGAAUCCGUUCAAUUGUGCUGUCUGUGCCGAAAUGAUUUUUCCUCUUAUUUAUGAUAGCAAAUUUACAUAAGAAACGGUAUUGCCAGUCAGAGACAUGGUCAGGAUCUUUAUUGCUUCAUAGUGAAACUUGUGGCGCUGCAAGUGGUUUUUACUUGCCGUACAUAGACUGAUCGUUUAGUUGACAUUGUUUGCCUUAUGUAUGAUUUGCUUGUUUGACCGGUAAAAUCUCUGAGGAAGUUCGAUAUGCGAUACAGCUUACAAGAUCUCACAAAGUUGACAGUAUCAUCUUGGACUCUUGGGCUCCUGCUCUUUCUUUCUUCUAUAUCAAAAUGUCAAGCAACAUGGACCUCGAUUCCUGCGGGUCUUAUGCAUUUGUCAUAUGCACUGAAUAUUGCAAGUUAUAUUUUGGUGUUACACUUUCUGUUGACAAAAAUUGUUGCUCGCUGUUCUCUUUAAGAAAAUAUUGGCAUCAUGAGAAAUAUGCCAUCCCGUUUAUAUAGUUUUUUUAAUCUUGUCAUGUCAAGUAAUUCUAGGGCUAAAAUAUCAAUUUUUUAAAUUUUCAAUUAUAAAAUGCAAAUAACAUCCUCGAGUUGCUAGAAAUCCAGCUAGUGAGAAAGAAAAGAUUUCUAUACGUGUUGAAAUAAGAGUUGAGACGAUCGUCACACUCGAAAAAUGUGAAGUCAUCUCGCAAGUAGUGUUUAAACAUCGUUUAGUGAUGGUUCGAGACCCGCUUGUUAAAGAAAUCUGAAGCUAUUUCCAAGUUAAUUCAUGUUGUAGUCAGAGCACUGAUGUAUUUUCAAUAUUUUUUUUGACUUUGCAAUUAAAUAAUGGUUUUGUUGGCGCUUCUUGCUAAGUACACAUUUAAAUUUGUACCGAAGAUAUUUUCUUGUGUUAGAUUUAAGAUAUAAAUUUUUUUAAUAGUUUAAUGUCACUUGAUAAACUUCCGACUUUAAUUAAUCUGAUUGAGAAGAAUAUAUUCAAUGGAUAUCUAAUGACUGAGAAAGUUUAUCCAAUCUGUAGUUGUGGCUUAUUUCAACUAUAACGAGAGUUGGACCUUCAUCAUAUUGUUGUAUAAUAUUCUAUUGAAAAUAAUUGUCUACUCGAAAUAUCCUAUUUUUUCACAUAUGUGACAACUCGGUGCACUAAGCCUAUCGGUGUGGGAUGUGAUAUAUUCAGAAUUAAUUUUCCUCAUGAUAUCAAAAGUCAUACAUUGCAAUGAUCAUAGUCCAUUCUCGUUUCAACUUUUUCAGUUUAUAAAUACCCGUUUCCUGAAUAUAUUUCAAUUAGUUUAUGUUUACCCUCUUCAACAUGAGUCUAUGACACCUACGCAAAUUCUUCGUUGUUAAUUUUUUAUAAGUAUUAUGAUCCUGUUAUUUUUUUGUAAAGUAUGUAAGAUUGUAUAUAUCCAUGCAAUGGUUAUUGAUUUCGAUCGUUAUUAGGGCCAGAUGCAUCGCAUAUUCAUGGGUGUGGAAACUUCUCUUUGUAUUAUAUGAUUGUUGUAAUCGAAUAUUGUAACGCUAUUUAUCCUUGAAACGAUUUUUGUGCCACGCUAGUGAGUUCUUCGUCAGAAGGGGUCAUGCGCCUGAGAAGCGUUCUUUUGCUGGCACGGAACAUCUGCUAUUGAACAUUAAGUGAGACGCGCGUGCUAUUGAACAUUAAGUGAGACGCGUGUGUCCAUCUCCUGCCACGGAAUGUAAUGUAACUGUUUGUGAAUACUGUCGUGAGCGAAACUUUUUGUCUGUAGAUUAGCCCCCGUGUUUAAACGUGGUAUUAACUUAGGGGAAAUCGUAAUGCACGAUGCCUUGCUACUCGAAAAAUCUCGAUACAUCUCAGAAUUUUGUUAAAAUACACUCGUUACAUUCAGUUAGAAUUCUAGUUGUUUUAGUAGAUACUUUUUGUAUGGUUCCUUCUGUUCAAUUUUUAUAGUAGGGAGACGAUGGGCGUGAAUUGCCUAUAUGAAUAUAUUGAAUUACUCUUGAUCUUUUGUUCUGUCAGUAAAGUCAUUGCUUCAACUUGGCAAGUCAAUCAACUAAUUCCUGUAUUUUGCUGGUUUUUCUUGUACCCUAAACCUUGAAACCUAAACCCUAUCACAAGUUUUAGCUCAUAAAUGCUUCUAGAGGUGGUUAUUAAUUUGAUCGAGACAUCUCCUGAAUGGUUCAAAAUCUGCAGUUUCAGCGAAAUUGGAUUUUUCUCUGAAAACCAAUUACUGUUGAAGAAAUAGAUGGUUGUCAGCCUUUGCUCGAAUAUUACAACUUAGUCGUGUCUGCUGAAUUUACAUUGCUGUGCUAAAAGUCACAACACAACCACUUGAUUCAAUUCAUGUGUAAUCAAAUGAGGAAAAAACUACUCAGAAUUCACAGAAUUACUUUAGUUUUAGGAAUGCACUUUUGACAGUUGCUGAAAUCCGUUUGCUCUUGUUUCUGCACUUUUACAGUUGUUGGAAUCUCUCUUGUGUCUUUGUAGUCAAAAUAGUCCGUCAUCAAACCUCGUGAUCUACUUAGGUAUCUGCUGACUGGAAAUAACUUCUGGUCCAAAGAAUGUUUCAUUUUUCUCCACAAAACAUUAGCUGCCGCUCGAUUCCAGAGAAACCCCAACGAAUGGCCUUAACCCAUUACAACUCUUGUGUACAAAUUCGUUUUUUUAGCGUUAUAUUGAACCUUCCGAAAUUGUUAAAUUAUUUGCGUAGUAUAGGGUUAAAACAAGCAGUAUAUAAAGUUUGCGUUUGUUUCUUAUUGUUGAUUGCUUGCAUUGCACAUUUAUUCCGCUUUGACCAGGUUAACUACUUGUACAUUAGUUGCGUUGAUUUUCUUCUCGCUGAUUUUAUUCUUGCCGCUGGCAACUUGCAAGAUAUGGUGCAUAGAAACGAGCUGAAGACAUUUACGGUGUUAAUGUGAAUUAUAUUGUUAUAUAAUGGGAAUGUGCACAGUAACUCGCGAGCUCCGAACAAACGCUGAAAUGUGGCGUGCAUUUUUGAAUGAUGUGUAAGGAGCCCAACGCCUGUUGUAUAGUUUAAAUGUCCUCGUAUUAAGUUGCUAGCUAACGUGUGAUGUUUGUAGUCGUAACCCAAGAAUGUUAUUGUUCUGAUGAUGGUGUAAAUUAUUGAGGUAUGUGUUUGCUGUGACCUUAACAGCGUUUAGUCAAAGAUGUGAAUCAUUCAUAGUGAAUUUAUCCAUGCUCAGUCAAAGGUUUAUUAUGAAGAUAACAAUCCUUGAUCUCUGGCCAUGAGUCAGUGGCUGCUGAGGCCGAAAGCCUCUCGUCAGGCUAUUCAUACGAAAGUGUUCUUGAUCAAUUUGGUACAUCUCUCCAAUGGUGUUUUUUGGCAUCAUUUUGGUGAAUGUUUUUUGGAUACAUCAAAGUAUGAAUGGCUGUGUAUAUUUCAGGCAUAGAAUUUUGGUUGUAAUUUUGUGCGAGUGGAGAAUCAUAUCUUUUGAACAUUAGUAGUUCUUCUUAGAGUAACUUGAGAGCAAGUAUCUAACCUAGCGGUUGAAUAUUGUAAAUUAUUCAAGUUUACUCUUGAGAUGAUAUGAAGUGAGUAAACUCGAGAAGUCGCAUUUUUCACAGGCUUAGCUGUGUUGUAACUAGUUUGCAUCUGCUGCUGUCUCUCUUGAACUUGCCUUAAAGUUUGGGGCGGUCGUAUCCCACGUAGUGUAGGCAGAACACCACUAUUAGCCUGAACUCUAUCAGAUGCGCUCCAAGUUAGACUUUAUUAGAUUAAGAUUCCUACACUGGAGCUAUUGUUGUUAGUUGUACAUCUUGUGCGUUUACGGAAGUCAAAUGACGCUGUUGUGGUUGUGAAGGAUUUUCUAUUCUUGGUCAUCAAUGCUAGAAAUGGUUGAACCGAUAUCAAAAUUUCAGAAUUUCUCGGACGGAUAUCAUGCUUUUAUUAAUAUAAAUGCGGUUUCUAUCCAUGAAUCAAGUUGAACGUAUUAUUUCAUCACGUUGGGAUGAUAAUCCAUUAUUAGUAAACUCAAAUUCUACUGAA